GAUGAUCGCCCGAGUGGCGGACGGGCUCCCGCUGGCCGCCUCGAUACAGGAGGACGAACAGAUUUCACAUAUAAGUGAGGUCAUACAGUAUUUAUUUCUCUGACUCACUUAAUGUAAUGGCCCUCAAGGUCCAUCCAUGAUGUCACAAAUGGCUUUUCGGGACCUUCAAAAGUACCAGAGUCAGGCUAAGCAACUCUUUCGAAAAUUGAAUGAGCAAUCCCCUACCAGAUGUACUUUGGAAGCUGACACCAUGAGUUUUCACUACAUUAUUGAACAAGGAGUGUGCUACUUGGUUUUGAGUGAAGCUAACUUCCCUAAGAAGUUGGCUUUCGCCUUCCUAGAAGAUUUACACUCAGAGUUUGAUGAACAGUAUGGAAAGAAGGUGCCCACUGUGUCUAGACCCUAUUGCUUUAUUGAGUUUGAGACCUACAUUCAGAAAACCAAGAAGCUAUACACUGACAGUCGUGCUCGGAGAAACCUAGGCUCCAUCAACACUGAACUGCAAGACGUGCAGAGGCUCAUGGUGGCCAAUAUCGAAGAAGUGUUACAACGAGGAGAAGCACUCUCAGCAUUGGAUUCAAAGGCUAACAAUUUGUCCAGUCUGUCUAAGAAAUACCGCCAAGAUGCGAAGUACUUGAACAUGCGGUCCACUUACGCCAAACUUGCAGCAGUGGCUGUGUUUUUCAUCAUGUUGAUAGUGUAUGUGCGAUUCUGGUGGCUGUGAAGUAGUGAGCCCGGUCACUGGCAAGGGAGAACCUAGACCCCGGCAGGUGUGUGUUUUCAGGAAGCUGAGCUCACAGAGAUGUGUGUUAGAAUCCAAGUGGAACUUCUGCCUUUAAGGACCUUGCAAGAAAAGACAAAUCCUGAAAAUGAAAGGUUACACCUCAUUUAAUGAAGCUUAACCCUAUGGGGAAAGUCUCUUUUGGGGGCAGAGGCUUUCUCUGGGUGCUAAGCUGUAUAUGUUAGGGAACAGUAGAUUGUUUUAUUUUGGGUAUUUUUCCCCUCCCAGUGUUUUACAUUUUUAAAACAGCACUGACUGGGGCAUUCAUUCUUUAACGGAGCCAUCAGUGAGAUUUGACUAAACCAACCUGUGCUAGCAACAGGCUGAAAUUCCUUCAGAGAAGGCAGCCCUCUGGGAAGUUCUUUGACUCUAUCUGAUCAACAUUCCUUUUGUUGGUGACAUUUGUGAUUUUCAGUAAUCUGAGUUUCCGAUGGCCUUUUAAAUAAGACUCCAGUGUGUGAAGGUUAAUUGCUGUGCAGCAAAGAUCUUGUCUAUUGGCCCCUGUAGGAAGUUAACCUUUGUUAUUUUCCUUUUAUAUUUUGCUUAUUGCACAAUUGCUUUAGGGUUAAACGAAUUAUAUUAAGAUGCCUUGAAAUUCUAUUAUAGCACUCCUUGAUUAAGAAGCUAAAAUGUUUUCUGUCAUUUAUUCCUUAAAAGACUUAAAUUAGUUUGGGACAUUCUUAAUUUUAUUUUUCAACGUCUAGUUUAUAUGAAGAGUGAGGAUAGCAUACAUGUAGCCAGAGGCCCCUGACUUGAGGAGAAGAAAGGCCCAGUUCCUAACUAUAGCUUUGCCCUGCCCCUUUCUCACUGUCUCCACUACAGUUUUCCCCACUCUCUCCCUCUUGUCACAGUUUGCUGAUAUUUAAAAAAUUAUUCUGUGCCCAAUAGUUUCAUGUCCCAUAGGCAUCUUCUCAGGACAGUCUCAAAUUUCAAAAUGGAGAAUGUUCAGUUGUGUGGUUAAUUAAAUUUAAAGUUUUGCAGAGUGACUAUUCAAACUACUAAAUACAUUUAUCUGAGAAAGUCUGAGGGCACCUCACACCUGCGUAAGUUUAUAUAAAUUCUCUGAGAAUGACCUAGAGCUAGGCAACUCAUUUAUAGUGACUUCUAGUAACAAAAGUACCUAUGAUGUUUUCCCCUUUUUGCUCAGGGAUAAUGGGGAUUUUCUUUUAUCUUCUGAGAUUGAAUUUUCUAAAUGGGAGAAUAGGUCUUUUAAAUAUUGUCACAAGGACCUGCAAUAUAACCUAUAACUCCUACAAAUACUGCAAAUAUUUCUUUAAAUUGUACAGGAAAAUGAGCCAUCUUCUUACCUCUUAACAUCUUCAGAAAGAACUUUAACCAGUGAGCAAUUUUAUAAUUGUGGGCUCAUCAAAGCUACUGUCUUGAUUCCUGAUAGAGAAAAAUAAUUCUAUUUCCUUAUAACAAGGCGAGGAGAAAUGCUUAUUUUAUUCCUGAUAAUUUACAGAACUAGAAUACAUUUUUUUCUUUCCAUUUUGGACCUACAUCUGCCAAUUGGAGUUUUGUGCAUGAAAUAUGAAGUUACUUUUUAUAGAGAAUAAGUGCUUUUAAGUCUCCAAAGGGCUUGUCCCUAGGUAAUGAUGUUGGUAAUAAAAGCCUGUGAAAGGCUGAAAACUAAGUAGAGGCACCAUAGCAUUUGGUGCUUCUGUAGGAGUGGAGAGUGGCAGCUCGCUGUUGAGAGUUGCAUGCUGUAACCAAGUGGUCAGCAGUGAAAUAAAUACUUCUAGAAUGUUCCCUUCAGCGUGAAGUGUUGUUACCUAGUUUAUUUAUGUCCCUAUAACCUUCUAGCUAUUUUUCUACAUAAACUCAGUGGGUUAAAAAAUGAGAAGGGGGAUUAUGGAAUGACAUAAAGGAAUAAGAGAAUGGUUUAAGAUUAUGAUGGUAGAAAAACAACAAGACUGUCAUAAUAUGGCUCCUACUUCUACUCUUUAUUAUAGGUGGUGGGAAGGGAAGAUCUGACUAGAUGAAAUGUAUCAGCAACCAAACAGCCUUCUAGAAUAGAAUGUGUAAUUAGUGUGCAGUGUUAUUGGGGCCACAUUGAGAAUAGAUACCGAAUUCUAGACAGAGUCAGUGGCUUAUACAGAGUCAUGAGUUAAAAGAAAAAGGCACAUUUUGGGGAUUGUAGUUAGUUUGGUUCCAUGGACCUGGUAGGGUAAGUGUAGGCAAUGGGGACUUAAGGAAGAAAAGCUAGACUGGCCCACUGUCAUAAAGGGGCAAGAGAUGGCAUCAGGUUUGUAGUUUCAAAUGAUCAUUCUGGCCAUAGUGUAAAAGAUACAUUAGAGAGGGAUAAGCCUAGAACUAGGAAGAUGAAACUAAGGCGCCACCCAAGUUGGAAUGAGACCUAGGAGACGUGUUUCAAAUGAUUUUCAAGAAAGGAGUUAUCCCAGGUACCAAAUAGUAACUCAUAUUUACAUAAUGCUUUCUUAGUUGGGAGCUCAUUGAAUUCUCCCAUUGACAUUUUGAAGUAAGUACUGUUCACACAACAUGAAUAAAGACACUUUUUACUAAGGAUACCAUUCUGAGGCAGAGAGUUAAAUUGUGCAAGGCUGGAGAGCUAGAAAGUGAUGGGCUAAGCUUUGAACUAGGCAGUUUGGCUCCAGAGUCCGCUUCUCUCCAUUAUACUAUACCACCAAGUGGACAAAUAAGUACCAAAAAAUGUAUUUUGAGUUUAGCAAUUAGGAACUUAAUCAUAGAGACAGAAGUCAAAUUGCAGUGGGUUGAAGAUUGUGUGAAUUACUAGGAAGUAAAGAUGUGGAAUUACUCUUAAAA